AUGGCUAAGGAUGAUGACGUUCCUCCGCCUGCUGCCUCUUCGGAAUUUCACCCUGUUUUGGGAGUCACCAACAUCAAAAACACGAUCUCUUUGAUUCUUGAUCGCGAAAAGGUACAAUAUUCCAAUUGGGUUGAACUAUUUGAAUGUCAUGCUCACUCUUUUAAUGUUCUUGAUCAUAUAGAUCCAUAUACUCCUAAACCUACAGACAUAUCUGAAGCUUUGUGGAAGCACUUAGAUUCGAUUGUGAAACAAUGGAUUUAUGGAACAGUUUCUCAUGAUUUGUUGCAAACAAUAUUAUGUCGCGGGGAUUCGGCCCAUCAACUAUGGAAUAAGCUCAAGGGGAUUUUUCAACAUAAUAAAAACACCCGGGCUGUGUAUCUUGAAAAUAAAUUUACUACCUUGCACCUAAAUAAUUUUUCUGUCGUUAAUGCUUAUUGUACUCACUUGAAAGUUUUGGCAGAUCAAUUGGCUAAUGUUGAUCAACAGGUGACGGAACAAAAAUUAGUCUUACGUCUUGUUGCAGGUCUUGUGAAUACUGAUUUUGACAUUGUGGCCACCAUGAUCCAACAAACUGACCCUCUUCCUACCUUUGAGAAUGCUCGAAAUCGCCUACUUGCUGAAGAAGAAAGACGUUCCCAUGAUACUAGUGGGUCACACAAUGCAUUUUUUGCUCAACCACCACAACCGGUGGCACCCCAGCCCAAUCACCAGCCGGCACAACCACCGCGCAACCCCGGCAGUGGCGGCAGGGGAGGCGGCGACCGUGGCCGCAGCCGUGGCAGGGGGCGGGGCAGAGGGCGCGGCAGGGGUAAUACUAAUGGCAACAACAAUGGACAACAACAUGCCUAAACUCACCAACCCAAUGCUCAAACCCAUCAGCUACAAUCUUGGGCCAACCCACCACAAUAUGUACCCAUGCAGCAACAGUGGGCCUCAACAUCUUUUCCAUACCCUCAACAUCCUGCCCAGUUCCAGCAUGGCCCACACCAUGCAGCCCAGCAGUACCAACAACAAUAUAGGCCUACAAAUCAGCAACCUUCACUUCUUGGGCCUAGCCCAGGCCCACGACAGGCUUUCUUUACACAACAGGGCCUACCCCAACAGCAAGGCUACGUAACCGAGCCAAUGACGCCAACAGAAUUAACUAAUUCUUUGCAAGAUAAAUCAUGGUACAUGGAUUCGGGUGCAACAUCUAUCUCAUAUGACCAAUAACGGAGGAUCUUCGUACGGGGAAUAUAAUCACGAAAUGUAAUAGCUCAUGGGACCUGUAUCCAGUCACCACCACCACACCAUCCACUUGUCUUGCGACCACUCUCAUGGCCUCAUCACCAACCACUUGGCACAGUAGACUUGGACAUCCGGGACAACAAGUUUUAAACUUUCUUAAGACUAAUAAACAAUUUAUUUCAUGCAAUAAGGAUCAUGAUUCUAAUUUUUGCAAUUCUUGUCAAUUAGGAAAACAUUAUCGUCUGCCAUUUCGUAAUUCAUUAAGUACUACUUCAUCUGCUUUUGAUAUUAUUCAUGUUGAUUUAUGGACCUCCCCUAUUCGUAGCAAUAAAGGCCAUAAAUAUUACUUAGUACUUUUGGAUGAUUUUAGUCAUUUUGUUUGGACAAUCCCGUUACAAUAUAAAUCUCAAGUUUUUCAAUCA